AUGAAAGUGAAUGAUGAUCAACUUGAGAAUUUAUUAUCUGUAUUAAAUCAAGAUGGUAUUGCAAAAAAACCAACACAACGAACAAAACGUAUAUUUAAAGCAGAACUAGAAGUAUGGAAAGCAAAAUAUGAAUUUGAGAGAAAUAAACAGAGGAAAAAAACACGUGUUCCAUCAUCUAGCAAAACUAAAGUACCUUCUGAUUUGAAAGUAGUUUCAAAAGUGAAUGACAUUGAUACACAUCAGCAACCAAUUCUUGUCACAUCAUCUGUCGAUAUUCCAAAAAAAUUGGAUAAACCAAUCAGUGAUAUAAAAACAUAUUCAAAUACAUAUUCUAUUGAACCAAUGGAUAUUAAUUUGAAAUUUUUUAAAAAUGAAUUAUUUUGUUCUAGUUUAAUACAAUAUAUUUCAAAUACAUAUGAUUUAAAAUGUUAUAUAUUAUCAGAAGAUGAACAAAAAGAAAAUAUAGGAAUACAAAUACAAUUAUUAGGUAUAAAAAAAAAUUUAGAAAAUGCUUAUAGUGAUCUACAAAUAUUAUUUGAAAAUGUUAAUAAAAAAAUUUUUAACAAUGAAGAAACAGAUGAAAAAGUUAUUUAUUGGUCAAAAAAUCUUUAUUGUGAUUUUGAUGUUACUGUUAUACAAAAAAUUUUUGAUAAAGAAAAACUAUUUACUGUAUGGGAAAAGACGGAUAUAUUAUCAGGAUAUUAUGUUGUUCAUUAUUUUACUAAAAUUGAUGUUUUUAGUUUGUCAGAAGAUUAUAUAAAUCAAAUAAUUAAUAAAAAUAUAUUAUAUGUACGAGAUAUAAUUAUAUCGGAUUUCGAAAAUAUACAAAAAAAUUUUCGAAAAAAAUUAGAACAUUUUAUUACUAAAAAGAAACAAGAACAACAUCAAUUGGAAACAUAUACAAUCAUUUAUUGUAUCUAUCCAGGACAAACAGAAUUAAAAAUUAGUUUCUUUGGACAAACGUUUUUAGUAAAACGUGCAACUAGACAACUAAAAUACAUAAUAAGCCAAAAUCAAUUAACUAUAUUGACAACUGACUUGACUCUUACACAACGUAAUUAUCUAUUAGAUAAUUGUAUUCAUCAAUUGGAAAAUAUUGAACUUGAAUAUAAAGAUGAUAAUGUCAAAAUAAAAAUAAGAGAAAAUCAAUUAUAUGCUCCAGAUUAUUUAAAAAUAAAAAUUCAACAAAGAAUUUAUAAUUUAAUUGAUCAACAAUAUCCAAUUACUUUUCAAUAUAUUACAAAUAAUUCUAUAUUAACAAAUGAUGAAAAAUUACAAUUAGAAGAAAUAGCUCAACAAUUUCAUUGUCAAAUUAAUAAAAUAGAUUUGCAAACUAAGAAAGAACUUGUCACAUUACCAAAAAUAACAAACACAUCCACAUCAAAAUCAACAUCAAAAUUUAUUAUUAAACAAUCAAAAGAAUUUUAUUAUUCUUUAUCAAUAUUGAAAAAAACAUUAAUAUCAAACAGUACAAUAGAACUUCAUUUAGCCCAUGACAGCACAGCACCAAAGGCAGAUAUUACUAUAGUUUCAAUGAUGACAAAUGAUGAUAUCGAAGAUGAUAGUAAACUAAAUAGCAAUAGUUUACAUAAUAAAAAAGAUAAUGAUAAAACUGUAAAACUUAUUUACAGUUUACCACAUUGGUCUCAAGUGAACAAUGAUCAAAAUGAUAUAGAAUUUAAAAAUUUAUUAAAAAUUUUUAUUUCAAAUUCAUUACGAGAUAUUUCUCUUUUAAGUAUUAAUAAAGAAAUUACAAUUGAGUUUUCUAUAGAUGAAUGGGAAAAUUAUUGGAAUAGAAAACAGUUAGUAGAAGAAAUUAUUCAUGAAAUAAAAGUUCAACUUGAAACAAAUAAAUUUUCUAAUCAUCAUUGGAGAAUUUUAUUUAUAUUUAAUGAUAAACAAAUUGAUUUAUAUCAACAAUUUUCACAAACAAUAUUAUUAUUAACAACAAGAAUUCAUCAUUAUGAACAAUUUUUCUAUCCUAUAUCAAGUAUUACAAUAAAUUUAAUAGCAUCAAAAGAUAGUAAUAUUUCUAAAUGUCGACAAGCAAUAAAUAAUUAUAUACAUAAAUCAAAAUUUGCAACAAUUGAAAUUGAUCAUGCUUUUAAUAUUGAAAUUUGGAAUCAAUAUUUAAUUAAUGUAUUUUAUAAAUAUUGUUUGGAUAAAGUUGUUUUACCAAAAAUAAUUCUCAAUAAUAGACGAUUAAUAUUAAUUGGUUCACUAUCUGCUAUUAAUGAAAUGAAACAAAAAUAUGAAUAUAUCGAAGAAAUUACAAAACAAAAAAAUCUAGCAUCAAUUACAAAUUUAGAAAAAUUAUAUUUAAAUAAACAUCGAUUAACAUCUACAAUGCAAAUUUUUGGUAAUAUGUCAGAUGCAUUUAAUAUUAUCAUAAGUUGUUCUAUUAAAGAUAAAAUAUUUUCACAAUUACUUGCCGAUCGUCUAAUUGAUGAAGGUUAUUUAAUAUAUAUUAGUCAUUAUGGUCCACUAACUGGUACAAGUCGAUCAAAAUUUCAAAAAUCAGAUUUAAUACUUGUUCUUUUUAGUCAAAAUUAUUCAAUAGAUGAAAAUUGUUUAACAGAAUUAAAAUAUGCAAAAACACUUGGAAAAAAAAUUCUUCCAGUUUUAUUAACAAAAAAUUUCUUAGAAGAAAAUUGGAUUCAAUAUAUUAUUACUCAAGAAUUAUAUUAUGAAUUAUUUGAAAAAGAAAUUCGAUUCGAAUUAGAUGAAAAUUUUGAUUUAAAAUAUGACAAAUUAUUAAUUGAAUUGCUUCAUCAUACAAAACCUGGUCUAGUUGGUUAUAUAGAUUUAGAUUUACAAAAUAUUUUUAAGGAAGAUCAACAACAAGACACAUCAGAAAGACAAAAUCCAUCAUUACAAUUAACUACCGAACAAAUCGAACAACGAAGAAAAAUUUAUGAAGAAAAAGUGAAAAAAUUAAUUGAACGAGAGAAGAUUCCUCCUGAUGUUUUAGAAGAAUUCAUUGAACUUGCAAAAAUAGUUAUUGAAGAUUAUCAAAAUAAUGAUUUUUGUAAUGAUAAAAAUGAAUCCCAAAAAAGUGAUGAAAACGUACCUAGACAAAAUGACGAAGAAAAUACAUAUGAAAUGAACGAUUAUACUAUCGCUUUGCUAUCAUCGAUCAAACGCUGGAUUGAAAAAGCAUCAAAUGGAAGUGUCAUAUUGGGUAAUAUACCACCAUUUACGUUAACUGGAGACAUUAAUGAUGCUGUAUUCCCCAUUAUAUACAAAGAUAAAAAAGCAUGGUGGAAAAUAAAUGAAUAUCCACCUUUAGAUCAUACAAUAGAGAACAAUGAUUGGAAUUAUUUAUCAUCUAUCGUUGGUUCAUGGUAUAAUCAACGUGAAGCAUCUUAUUAUUUUCAAAAACUAAUUGAUCGAGAUGUUCGAUUACAAGAAAAUAGACAAAAUAAAAUUCCAGAAGUUGUUCAACAAAUUAUUAAAAAGAAUAAUAGAUUAGAUAUGAAGCUAUUCAAAGCUAUUAGUUAUACAAAUUUUACAACAGAAAUUAAAAAAGGUACAACUGGUUGGGAUAUUACACAAGAUAGUCUAAUAUUAAAACAGUAUAGAGUAAAACAAAAGGAAAAACCUACGGAAAAAGCUAAGGAAGAAUCAACACUUUGGGAUCGUACAAUAGAACAAACUGUAGAAUUAAUAAGAAAUAUUAAUGAAAAUAAAAUUGCUUCAGAUUCAAAUAUUUUACAAGGAAAAAUUGGAAAUGAAUUGAAAACAAGAAAAGAAAUACGAAGACAGAAUGAACUUGAUAAUCCAAAUAAUAAACGUUGGAAAACUAAACAUCGUUCACCACAUAGAGCAGAUUUUAUUCAACAAAAAAUACAAAAUAUACUUGAAUUCGAGAAACUUUGUAAUGCAUCAUCAUCAUCAAGACAACCAGUAAAACAAACAAACUAA